AUGGUGGAGAGCGUGGCAGCAACGCCGUCGGAGGAGCAAGGCCGCGGCGGCGGCCUGUCGCUGCCUCCGGGGUUCAGGUUCCACCCCACCGACGAGGAGAUCAUCACGAGCUACCUCCUGCGCAAGUUCCUCGACCCUAGCUUCGUCUCCCGCGCCGUCGGCGAGGUCGACCUCAACAGCUGCGAGCCGCGAGAUCUCCCAGGCAAGGCCAACAUGGGGGAGAAGGAGUGGUACUUCUUUGUGCACAAGGACCUCAAGUACCCCACCGGGAGCCGGGCCAACCGCGCCACCAAGGAGGGCUACUGGAAGGCCACCGGCAAGGACAGGGAGAUCUUCAAGCCCCGCGCCCGCGAGCUCGUCGGGAUGAAGAAGACGCUCGUGUUCUACAGGGGCCGCGCGCCCCGCGGCGCCAAGUCUGAGUGGGUCAUGCACGAGUUCCGCCUCGAAGGCAAGUCCAGAGGCCAAACCAUGAACAAUCCCAAGGACGAAUGGGUGGUGUGCAAGGUGUUCAACAAGAAGGGGGAGGCCAAGGCGGCGAGGGCCGCCGACGUGGACGCCGAGUACUCCGCCGUGACGACGCCGAACUCUAGCUCGGUCGUCGACGCCGGCGAGGGCGCCGGAGACUUCACCGACUCCAUGUUCACGAUCGACCCGCUCUGCUACAUCCCCAACUCCGACGAGUACACAAGCAACCAGCCGCCGGCCAAGACGACGACGUCCACCACCACCAACAGUGCGGCGCCGCCGUACAACGCGGACUACUACUACCCGUCCGUUCCUACUACAGCUGGAAGCUUCAACCUCAUGUCUAACUACAGCUUGACCAACGCCACAAGCAACGCGCAAACGUCCACCGCCAUGGCCAGCUCAGUCCCGGCAACAAGCGGCUCCUCCUGGCAGCACAUGCUUAUGAAUACGGCGCCGCAUGGCGGGAUGAUGGGAAGAAGAAGCUACGACGUCAACCUCCAUGAGCAGCAGGCGAUCAUGAUGAGAGCCCUAGGUGGUGUCGUUGGCGCCCAAAACUUCGGUGAGCCGGCAAAGGGUCUGCAGUUGCCGAGCUCCGCGGUGACCGCCGGCAGUGUUCCGCCUCAGCAGGGCAAGCUCGGGAGCUACGACGACGGUGAAUUUCCCUAUGGGAAUUAUGAUCUUGCUUCUGCCGCUAUGAGUGGACGCCCAGCUGCUGCUAAUAAUCUUGGUCCUAGGUUUUACUGA